AUGGACACGUGUUACAUUCUGCCUGUCGAAGCAGAGGGGCUUGUUCAAAGUCUGGAAACUUUCUCUCUCAAGGAAGUUGGCUCUGAGAGGUGGUUCAGACAGCAUGCGCACAUCGAGAAACUCAACAUGCAGGCGAUACUGAAUGCUUCUGCCAUGCAUGAUGAGUUUGUUAAAGAGCUGCUGGUGUCAUAUGGAAAGAUACCUAUUCUGGUCCAUGAAAUGAUCCUUGUCGAAGUUUGGAAGCACAAAGUGUUCCCCAUUUUAUGUCAGCUGGAGGACUUCAAUCCCAAGAACUCAUUUCAUCUUUAUAUGGUGAUCCACCAUGAAGCAACGAUUAUAAACCUACUUGAAACGAUAAUGUAUCACAAGGAUUCGUGUGAGGCGGCUGGUGAUUCUGUUCUUGACUUGGUGGAUUACUGCCACCGCAAACUCAUCCUGCUGGCCAGCAAAGCGACCAGGGACAACCCAACAGGGAAAGCAGUUGAAUCCUCGACAGACCUGAUGGAAGAGUUACAGAUGCAGAGCGCUGCACAGGAAUUUGAAAUCUCCCUGAAGGCGGUCUCUGUGCUGCGCUUCAUCACUGAUCACACCGAGAGUAUUAGUGUCAUCAAUCGCAUGCUGUGCAUCCAUAACAUGCCUUGCGUGCUGGUUCAGUUGAUUGACUGCUCUCCUUGGAGUCGCUGUAAAGACGGUGAGGUAGAAAAGUACAUAAAUGGCAGAUGGCAGAAGAUUCCUGUUGAGGACCACUUGAAGAUGACAAAACUAGACGGUCAGGUCUGGAUUUCCCUUUACAAUCUGCUGCUGAAGGAAGACUGCCAAAGGAAAUAUGACUUCAACAAUUUCAACAAGAACCAGCUUCUAAAGCUUCGAGGUUUCAUGACAGAGGUGUUGAUUGAUCAGCUGCCAAACCUGGUGGAGUUGCAGCGUUUCCUGGCUCAUCUCACCGUUACAGACCCUGCCCCUCCAAAAAUAGAGCUCAUUUUGGAACAGAUCCCAGAAAUAUGGAACCACAUUGUGAGAGAGAAUUCUGGGAAGUGGAAGGCAAUCGCAAAGUAUCAGGUCAAAGAAACUUUCAGCCCAUCUGACAGCGAACUGAAGCUGCAGGCACAGAGGUUGAACCAGGUGUACAAUUUGGAUGUGAUGGAGAGUUUACUCCCCGAGAAGCCAAAGUGUGCAUCCUGUGGGAAAGAGGCAGCAAAAAGAUGCUCUCGAUGUCAGGGAGAAUGGUACUGUCACAGAGAAUGUCAGGUGAAGCACUGGUCUAAACACAAGAGAGCCUGUCAGCUCAUGGCCGAGGUCACAGAGAAGAUCCAGAGAGACCUGCAUGUUAACAGCUAAUAAAGAGAGACUGUUGAAGAACAUGUAAGGACUGAUGGCGGAUGGGAGACUGUUGAGUCACAAGAUGGGAGGAGCAGAUCUGCUUGUGCACAAUGCAAAUUUGGAUCUUCUUUUUAAUGAGGACAAGUUUAUUCACAGUUUCAGUAUUGUGUUGCUUCUUUUUGUUUUGAAUACUGUUUAUGAUGGCCUUAUGGCAUAUCGUUUUAACAAAUUGUUUGUCUUUUUGAAAUUUACACUCUUUUUUUGAGUGUAUUUUGUUAUUCAACACAGUU